GUGGUAAAUAUGAACGCGAUAUGCAGCGUUCGCGCAGGACGCGCCUAUCCGUGAUGACUCGGGGAGUUCAUCCGGCGGACUUUGUUGCAGCCACCAUAUCGCUGGCAACUACCGGGUCUCACAUAGGCUGGACGUCACCCAUUUUGCCGAUAUUGAAAUCCCCCGACUCCCACGUCCCGAUAACAUCUGACGACGCUUCCUGGAUCGCGUCGUUCUACCUCUUGGGCACCAUACCCGGUUGCAUUUUGGCGGCUUUCAUAGUCGACUGGCUGGGCCGGAAAACGAGCCUGCUGAUAGCCGGCGUGCCGUUGACCGUCGGCUGGUUGCUGAUCGUCAUCGCGUGGAACCCGUACGUGCUCUACGCGUCGCGCUUUAUCAGCGGUAUCGGCCAAGGUGUCGUGUACGUCGUCUGUCCCAUGUACAUCGGCGAGAUCGCCGACAAGGAGAUCAGGGGCGCCCUCGGCUCCUUCAUCAAGCUAAUGGUAACGUUCGGGGAAUUGUACGCACACGCGGUCGGUCCGUUCGUCUCCUACGAAUGUCUCGCCUAUGUCUGCCUGCUCAUCCCGUUGGCCUUCUUCCUGACCUUCAUAUGGAUGCCCGAGUCGCCGUACUUUUUACUCAUGAGAAAUCGCAACGACGAGGCGGUGGCGAGCCUGAAGAAGUUGAAACGCAACACCUCCGAGGACCAGCUGGAGGAGGAGCUGGAGCAGAUGCAGAAGACGGUGAUACGCGACCUCAGCGAUCAGGGCCGCUUCCGGGACCUCUUCAGCACGCCCGGCAACAGGCGGGCCGUCGUCAUCAGCUUCGGUUUGCAACUGAUUCUCCAGUUUAGCGGUAUAUGCGCGAUCGAGUCGUACACCCAGGAGAUCCUCGAGGAAGGAGAGACCGGCAUGCCCGCGAGCAUCGCGGUCAUCCUUUUGAGCUUGCUGCAGUUGGUCGCCGGUCUCGGCGCGGCGGCGUUGGUCGACAAGCUCGGCAGACGACCGUUGCUCCUGAGCACCACGUUGUUAGGCGGGAUCUCGCUGACCGUCGCGGGCACCUUCUAUCUCCUGAAAACCGAGCUGGGCGUAAACACGAGCGGGUACGGCUGGAUACUACACGCCUCCGUGAUAUUCUACGAGCUGAUCAUCGCGCUCGGUCUGAAUCCGCUGCCCUACAUGAUGCUGGGCGAGCUGUUCCCGACGAACGUCAAAGGCGCCGCGGUGUCCUUGACUAACCUGGCCUCCUCCUUAUUGGCUUUCAUCGUCUCGAAGAUGUACCAAGUGAUCUCCGACUUUUGCGGAGUGUACGCGGCCUUCGGCUGGUUCGCCGUCAGUUGCUACCUAGGCGUGAUCUUCAUCGCGUUGAUCGUCCCGGAAACCAAGGGCAAGUCGUUGCUGGAGAUUCAGGAGGAGCUCCACUGCAAGAAGAAGCGGAGGAAGGCGAAGGAUGACGCGAAGAACGAACAGCACAUCCAAAUAAGUACGAUAGCUUAGGCCAAGCGAAAGUAACGUCGCGAUGCUCUUUUACGGACAUGUCGAGAAUUCAUACACGAUACUUUUCAAACGAUACAGCCGUAAACGCCGCGCGUAUCUCGGAUUAUGGGACAUUCGACAGGGAACCUCAAGCCGGCUGAUCGGCCUUACGAUGGGGAUCGUAAAGCGGACACGGACGAGCAACGGAGGAUCGUUCAUGCGGAAUCCAUCGUACAUCCAACGUGCGUUAGCUAGGGCACCCAUCAUGGUAGAGCAAACUAGCAUGACCAUCUUUUUUUCCCUUUUAGGCAGGGUUAAAUACUGAAGUAUCUGAGACUGAUAGCUUUUAAUUAAUCGUAAGGUAUUUAUUCAUCGUCUUGGGCCGGCAUCGAACAGGCAGAGAAAAAGAGAAAGAGAUUCGACAUUAUGUCACGUUCCCCAUACAUAUAUCCAGGAUUGAGAAGUAACGCGUUACUUGUAGCGUCGUUACCAUUACAGUUGCUUUUUUUCAAUAAUGAUUUGGUAACGACGUUACAUUUCUCACCAGUAACGGUAACGGUUGCAUUUUUGGGUGACGAAUAUAAUCGUUAUUUUUAUCGUUACUUUGCAUGCAUACAUAUAUGUAUAAAACGGCAGAAGCAAAUCCUAAAAGAGAAGCCCGCAAAACGAGUCACGGUAACGAGUUACUUUUCAAAAGUAACUUUCCAACCCUGCAUAUAAUCCGUCGUCGUUUUGACGUGUCCCCGGAUCUGAAAUUUACCGCAAAGAAUAAAACGCUGAUGGAGGAGUUCCUCGGAGAGAAGAGAAAAAUCCUGUUCGGUGCGGCGCCUCACGGCGAUUAGGAACACCUUUCAAAUCCCUUUAAGGCAGGGUGCAAAACAAACGUCCAACAUGAUAUAACGCUUACGAUUAAACGUUAUUGAAGAAUAGCGCGUGCCACGCGAGUACCUCGACGCAGAUACCGCGCACGCCUAUGGCCCUGAUGCAAGAAGGAUUUAGACGAGCACUGUGGCAUGACUAACUUAUAUUUCCCUUUCAGGCAGGGUGAGACACAAUUACGUUAUAAGAAUAGCGGCGAGAAUAUAACUGGCCCAAAUUAGAGUUAAAGAAACAACGUUUUCACGCCGUAUUUACGCGUGUUAGAAACUUACCGGAAUA